AAACCUAUAUAAUGAAAUAGAAUGACUGUGGAUUUGACAUAAGACUCAAAAAUGGUCUCGACAAACUGUAGAAUUUUUCUAUUCAUUGCAAUAAUUGGCUUCGCAUGGAUUGAAGCGCUUCCGACUGGUGACAUUGAUGAUGAAUUGAGUUUGAAUAACGACUACUUCGCAGCUAAUAGUUAUUGCAGUGAAAACGAGUAUUAUAAUAAUACUGUGUCAGAUUGUGAAGCGUAUUGUGACGAUCCUAAUCCCACUGUUUGCAAUAGGUUUGGUUCAACUGGAUGUUUGUGUAAAGAAGGCUACAUAAGAAACGCAAGAUUUGUUUGUGUCAAAAAAGAAGACUGCGACAAAGAACUAGAAUAUCCAGACGAUUCGGACGAUAUUUUUGAAAACGAAAAAGAAUGGUCGGCAAUUGAACCAUCAACUCCAAAACCUGAAAACCCAUUGACUAAUAUUGACGAUCCUAAGUGGAGAGCAGAGAUUGCGAAAACUUUCGGAAAACUUCCUACGAUUCCUGGAACAGUAAAUUAUGAAAGUGAUAUCGACCCAAAUGAUCCUGAAGUAAAGACCGCAUUUGAACAAGUUUUUGGAAAACCUUUUAGUGUUUCUGAGCAAAAAAAAAGUAAAAAUUAUUUUGAUCCCAAUGAUCCGGAAACGAAGAAAACGCUUGAAGAAAUUUUUGGAACACCUGCUAAUCGAGAAGUAGCUAACAACUAGAAAUUUUUACUCAUGCUCAAAAAAAAACAUUAAUCAAUUUUUUUUAUAUUUUAAUUAUGAGUUCAUGUGUAUUGUCAUAAUUUUUUUGUAUUUUUCACUUAAUU